AUGGGAAAAUCUAUCCGGAGCAAAGUAAAGCGCACAUGGCGAUCGAAAAAGAGGGAGGACGGCGUGUAUGCGGCUACCGAAGCUGCGCGGCUCGAACGGUUGAACGCCAAGCUCGUAGCAAAGGUUGCGGAACCUGUUGUAGAACCGCUCGACGGGGAUGGGGAUGCAAUGGAAGACGUAGAUGAAGCAGGCGAAUCUAUGCCUGUUGAUUCAUCUUCCGCGAAAGCCCAAGCCUCGGAACCAACAAAAAUAUCGACUCACGGUCCUCGUGGAUCAAGGCGGGAAGAGUGGAGGAAGUCCAAAGGUCUACCCCCACGGCCUAAGUCUCGCGGAAUGAACAGACAAGGCACCGUUGCUGCUGGACGCAAGGCCGGUCGGUCACAUCGUCGACGGUGA